AGUGAUUACAUUGCAACAUUGUAACUUUGUAGCAAGCCACAAGGUGAGAGGUUGCAGACCUUUGUGAACACAACCAAGAAUUGCACAGGCCCAGGAUAUACAUGGCUGUGUCAUCUCUGAGCCGGAAUCGAAGUCCCGGGAUCAGGGGCGGACUGACCAUUUGGAAACUCGGGCACUGCCCGAGGGCCCCGGGGUCAGUAGGGGGCCCCAUGAGAUGCCCCUGGUACCUUUUUCAUAGGCUUUUUUUGAUUUUGGGCAAGGACUCAGGGGCCCCAUGAUCCCCUAUUGCCCGGGG